AUGUACGGCAUCAAGCCACCAGUCGACGCAUCAGAGGCACAGGCCCAGUCAGGAGAUGAAACAGAAGACAUCGAGGCGUCCAUCCAGAAAGAGCUUGACGCAAUGAAGGAGUCUCGAAAGCCCAAGGAGAGAAGGGUCUUCUCGCCAGUGUCAGUCGGGAUCGAGUGUGUCUUCUUCAUGAAGACGAUGAAGCCGGUCGAUCCGUACCAGCUGGUCCUUCAGAUCUGCAGAGACGCGCAGGAGUGUCCCAGCCCAAAGGAUCGUAAGUGCAAGUACAUUAAUCGGCUGACGCCUGUGAUGGACACGGAUAAGGCGACGGAGAAGGGGAUUCAGCGGGUGGCGCGGAAGGUUCUCCCGUCGUUUUUUAGUUUGAAUGAGGAAGAAAAGGAGGGAGGGGACGAAGAAGAAGGAGAAGGAGAAGGAGAAGGAGAGAAGAAACCGACGGAGGGAUCAGAUGAGAAGACCGAAGAGGCGGCUCGAGCGGCUGAGUCAGUGGCAGAAGCUCAGCAAGCUGAGGCGUCUUCUGCUUUUACUUACGCUAUCCGACACACUAUGAGGAAUCACACCAUUCUAAAAUCAGAAGCAGUCAUCAAGAUGAUUGCUGGUAUGGUCAAGCCCGAGCACAAAGUCAAUCUCAGAACCCCAGACAAGGUCAUCCUCGUCGAGAUAUUCCAGAUGUUCUGUGGAAUCUCUGUAGUCGAUGGCAAGGAGUGGGAGGAGCUGAAGCGCUAUAACAUCAACGCGCUCUAUGACAUGACGGGCGAGCAGAAGAGUGGCAAUCCGGGGAAGGCCACGAAAGAGGAGUAA